GGUCGGAGCGGGGAGCGGUCGCCCGCCUUGCCGGCUCCGCUCGCCUCUGCCCUCCUGCUCCGCUCUGCUUCCAACGCGCCAGGCGGAGCCAGACAGCGGCGGGGCCGAGCGGGGCCGCGCAGUACCCGGCCGGCCUUAGGCGGCGGCCGCCGCCAUGAAGCGGGACCGACUCGGCCGCUUCCUGUCGCCUGGGGCAGCCCGGCAGCGCGGGGGCUCCGGCAGCGGCGCCUGGGGCGGCGCCCGGCCCCGAGGCCGCCCCUCCCGCAGCGGCGGGCCGAGCGUGGAGGGGGCGGCGGCCUUGGUGGCGGCGACGCGGCUCGACUGGGGCCCGGCGCGGGCCUGCGCGGACGCGAGCGAGGACGGCGCCGACGAGCCAGGAACAGGCCGGGCUCUCGCCAUGGGGCACUGUCGCCUCUGCCACGGGAAGUUCUCCUCGAGGAGUCUCCGGAGCAUCUUUGACAGGGCAACCGGGGAGCCCCCAGAGAGACCAUCCCCAGGGGAGCGAGUCUUCCUCAGGGACUUCCAGUGCCUGCUGGGGGUGGCUGUCCACCAGGACCCAGCUCUGCCUCAGUUUGUCUGCAAGAACUGCCACGCCCAGUUCUACCAGUGCCACAGCCGCCUCAAGUCCUUUCUGCAGAGAGUCAACGUCUCCCCGACAGGCCACUGGAAGCCUUGCGCAAGGGUCGGCGCCCAGCCCCCGACGGGGGCGGACGAGGGAGCGUGUCUGGUGGAUCUGAUCCCUUCGAGCCCUCAGUGCCUGCACGGCUUGGUGGGGUGGGUGCACGGACACGCGGCCAGCUGCGGGGCCCUGCCUGGCCUUCGGAGGACACUGUGCUCUGAGUACUGCGGCGUCAUCCAGGCCGUGUGGGGCUGCGACCGGGGCCACGACUACGCCAUGGACACGGCCGCCGGCGGCAGGGCCUUCUUGCUGGACAGCGCCUUGGCGGUCAAGUGGGCGUGGGACAAGGAGACGGCUCCGCGGCUCGCCGAGAACCGGGGCUCUGACCCCACUGGGGCUGCGCCUCAGAUCUCCCAGGGCAGAGGGACAGGGACCACGGCUGGGGCCGAGACCAAGACCCUGCCUAGCACAGAGGAGGCCCAGCCCCCUGCAGACGGCAGUCCUGUGCGGCCUGGGCCGGGCUCCCCACCUCAGCCAGGCCCACCCCCCAGCGGGGCCCCAGGGCAGUUGGGUGAGAAGCAGGUUCCGCCUUCAACCUUGGAUGAUCGGGUAAAAGACGAGUUCAGUGACCUUUCUGAGGGAGACUCCCUGAGUGAAGAUGAAAACGACAAGAAGCAAAACGCUCAGUCUUCGGACGAGUCCUUUGAGCCUUACCGAGAAAAGAAGAUCUCUGGUAAGAAGAGUGAAAGCAAAGAAGCCAGGAAGUCUGAAGAACCAAAAAUGCGUAAGAAACCCGGGCCCAAGCCCGGCUGGAAGAAGAAGCUGCGCUGUGAGAGGGAGGAGCUGCCCCCCAUCUACAAGUGUCCUUACCAGGGCUGCACGGCCGUGUACCGCGGGGCGGACGGCAUGAAGAAGCACAUCAAGGAGCACCACGAGGAGGUCCGAGAGAGGCCCUGCCCCCACCCCGGCUGCAACAAGGUGUUCAUGAUCGACCGCUACCUGCAGCGCCACGUGAAGCUCAUCCACACAGAAGUGCGGAACUACAUCUGCGACGAGUGUGGACAGACCUUCAAGCAGCGGAAGCACCUGCUGGUCCACCAGAUGCGCCACUCGGGAGCCAAGCCUCUGCAGUGUGAAGUGUGUGGGUUCCAGUGCCGGCAGCGGGCGUCCCUCAAGUACCACAUGACCAAACACAAGGCAGAGACGGAGCUGGACUUCGCCUGCGACCAGUGUGGCCGGCGCUUCGAGAAGGCCCACAACCUCAACGUGCACAUGUCCAUGGUGCACCCGCUGACGCAGACGCAAGACAAGGCCCUGCCCAUGGACACAGAGCCCCCACCUGGGCCACCGAGCCCCUCUGGGACCACAGAAGACCAGGCUGUGAAGCCCGAGCCCACCUGAGGCCUACAGGUGGGAUGUGGGGUUCCUCACACGCCCCUGCCGUGUGCAGCCAUGUGUACACAUUGCCAGGGCUGGUGGUGGCCUGGUGUGUAGCUCACGUAGCCUUUGAGCUGUUCUGGGACCAGUGGUUUAUGUUCCUACAAACACCGACUCACUUGGGGGCCAGACAAGAUUAUAAAUAAUUGAUUCCUUUCCCCACGAGAGCAACCAAGGAGGUUUGUAAUCCACUUUUUAGUGCAACAAGAGCUCCAUGUUAUGCUUGUAAUAAAUUAUUCACAAAGGA